GUCAAAAUUCAUUCCUCCCUCCAUUAAACCAAGACCCAAUAUCUCCUUCAGGUUAAGACAUUAGGGGUCUCGUCGAAGGCUCGAUGUUGUCUUCUUCCUCCUCUUCCCCUGCCUUUUUCUCAUUCUCCAUAUAUUUUUCCUUUGGGUAAAUUGCAAGUUUGGUCAUUGAGUAUUUGAGUUUACUAAAAAAGUUCAUGUUUGAUCACUACAAAUAUUUAAUUCAAUUCGUGGUCACUAAAACUAGUUCAAGUUUGAUCACUAUCCGUCCAAUUUCAUUAACUGUGUCUGAUGUGACAGUCAACUCUAAUAGUUGACAUGUUAAAUAAAUGGCGUGGCUGUUAAAAAAUAAUAAAAUAUAAUCAUUUACAAUUUCCAACUCAUUUUUAUAAUACAUUAAAAUAAUAAAAUAGUUAUAAUAACUACGGAAAUUGAGAAGAAUGGCCAAAAAGGGCUUCUAAGCAUGGUCCAUGAAACUGUACCGGAGAUUGUAUCGAAAAAGUCAGUGGUAGGAUAUUUUAUGAUAAAACUGUGGUUUAAUCGUAGUUUAACCGAGAAUAUUGUUAAACAUCAUCUAUUGGUUUAGCCUUCAAUACAGGUAUUUCGUGGUUGAACCAUUGAUACGGUAUGGUUUCAUGGACCAUGCUUCUAAGUACCGUCUGAUAAUGGAUUAUAGCCAAGGUACUCUGAUCCCAUUCAGAGCACUACAUCACCAUCGCUGUAAUUCUCCGACCAUGAAACCAUCCCAUAGUGAAUGUAGCUCUGCCCCUGGUGCCAAGUAUCGGGACUUGUGUAAAGCGGCUGGUUAUGGUUUCCUGCCCUUUUUCUUUUUCUUCGUUGACAGAGUUGGAUAUGGAUGUUGUGACCUUGUUCAACCGGAUCCAGAAAAAUUCUUUGUGUCUCAGGAUGCGGAUGCUCGGACGACCACUUACAUAUUUACUAGAGUUAGUUUUGCUAUAUCUAAGACCAUCUCCAGCGCAAGGGCCAAAAUGCCAAAGUUCCAGAAUUAUUACCUCCAAUGGAAAGGUUAGAGUUCCAAUAUGCUAAAAUUGGCUCUCAUUUGGGCCAGAUUUGGAACACAAAAGGACAAGAGGGACCAAAAGCAAGGGCUCCAUUCCAUUUGCCCGUUGCACUGGCCACCAGGGGGCGCUGGGGCGCACGUGCUGGAAGGGACGCGGCCCCUGCCGCACGUUCGUCCCACAGUCGCCCUGUGCGGCUGGUGCUUUUCGGUCGCGCAAUAUGUAUAUAAAAAAAUUUGUUUCAACCCCCAAAUUAACCCCAACGACACUUUUGACCUCCAACAACUAUUUUUUAUGAAGUUCUCUAUAAAUUGGCACCAUUUUUUCACUUCAAGUUGCAUCAACCUACACAAUUUUCUCUUCUUCAAUCAUAAAUACCACUCUUCCACUUCCCAUUAAACAAAAACACUUCUCUUCUUCUUAAACUCCCAAUCAUGUCUCAAACUUAUCGUGCUCCAAAUUUGGAAGGAUGAUGAAGAUGUAGUGUUAUGCAAUGCUUGGAUUGAAAUUUCAGAGGUUGGCUCUGUCUGUAUCAAUCAAUCCACAAUCGAGUUAUGGAGGCAAGUCAAAGUCAUUUUUGCUGCUAAAGGAUGGUGGGUUUAACGUCUUGACACGGGCUUGAGUUCUCAAUGGAAGACCAUUAAGCAUCAAUGUGGGUUAUGGAAUUCGGCAUCGAGGAGGGCAAGCGCUACACCAAUGAGCGGAGAGAACCUAAGUGAUGUGGUUAGUAAUUCUUAUAUUUUUAUUAUGUAUGUUGUUUCUAAUUAUUAUACAAUCAAAUUAAUUUUCUAGAUUGAACGAGCAAAAGGUAUAUAUGUAGCGGACACUGGAAAAAAAAUUCAUGUUCAUGCAUUGUUGGAAUAUACUCAGGGGCGGACCUAACAAGGGGCAGGGUGUGUCGCCCGACACACCCUCGCCCGGAAAUUUUGUGAAUUACCUAUAUAUUUUUUGUACAAAUUUUUUUAAUUCGGGGCUUUGCAAACACCUCAAAUAAUUGUGAGCGACACAAUUUCGUUGUACAAAAGUGAUUUUCUUGUUAUAAAUUUAUUUAUCUUAAUUAGUAAUACACAAUAAUAAGUCAAAUCAAAUAAAUAUGCUUGUUUUAAAGUAAAUCACACCACAACUCAGUAAUGGAAAAAGUAUAAAUAACUCCAUCCUUUGAAACUUACCGUUUCCACCACUUGACCCUUCCUUUGUUGAAAAUAAAAAAUAAAAUAAAAAACUCAUCCUUACCUCUUUUUAGUUUCUAAUUACCUAGAUUAAUUGUCACAUCCCCUUUUCUUUUAUCCUUUAAUUUACUUGCUCUUGAAGUUGGUGUUUUAUUUUUUACUUGUUGCAAUUGCAAGGCGCGAAAGAGCAUUUUUCAACUAUGAAGAUAAUCAAUAAUGAACUUCGAAGUCGAUUGAGUGACCAAUUUAUGAAUGAUUGUUUAGUUGUGUAUAUCAAAAAGGAUUUGUUUCGCAACAUAAGCGAUGAAUGUAUUUUGCAGACAUUUCAGGACAUGAAAAGUCCUCGUGGUUCGUUGUAAACAUGACAUUAUGAAUUUUAUGAAUUAAUUUCUAGUAAUUUCUAUUUAAUUAUAUUAAAAAAAUUAUUUUUAUUUUAUUUUAUCGGCCACACACCUCUCCAACAAUUCUGGGUCCGCCACUAAAUAUACUUCAAAAUUGUCC